GCCAAGUACUUGAUCCACUCCAUCAACUCCGACAACUGCAUCCUGCUGUACCAAGCUGCCGCCAUAUUCGGUCUCCUGGACCUCUUCCACUGCGCCGCGCUCUACAUCAGGGACAGCUACGCUGAGCUGGAGGAGUACCUGGACUGCCUCUCCACUGACUUGCGGGCCUACGUGGAAGCCCUCCUGCCGAGCACCUUCGUGGCUGUAGGAGCCCACACGCCCACCUUCGAGUUCCUGGAGGACCUCUCCAGGACCAUCUGCUACCUGGAUGAGGAAACCAACACAUGGAGGACCCUCUCCUGCCUGCCACUGAGCGCCAGCACAUUCCUAGCCGGCAUGGCGACCAUGGAUAAUAAGAUCUACAUCGUGGGCGGUGUCUACGGGGCCAGCAAGCAGGUGGUGGAGAGCAGCUUCUGCUACGACGCUGACACCAACACCUGGAGUGAGUUCCCCAGCCCUCAUCAGCUGCGCUACGACGUCAGGCUGGUGGGCCAUGAGGGCUACCUCUAUGCCAUUGGCGGGGAGUACGAGAAGAUCUCGCUGAAGUCCGUGGAGAGGUAUGACGUGGCCUCCAGCACCUGGACGUUCGUCUCUGACCUGCCGCAGCCGAGUGCGGCGGCACCCUGUGCCCAAGCUAUGGGGCAGAUCUUCGUUUGCUUGUGGAAGCCACUGGACACCACUGUCAUCUAUGAGUACGAGCCCCGGCGAGAUGCGUGGCUUCCUGUCACUGAGCUCAAGCGGCACCAGAGUUACGGGCACUGCAUGGUGGCCCACCGUGACAACCUCUACGUCAUGCGCAAUGGCCCCUCGGAUGACUUCUUGCGUUGCGUCAUUGACUGCUUCAACCUGACGUCGCGGCAAUGGACCGCCCUGCCCGGGCAGUUCCUGAACAGCAAAGGAGCCCUCUUCACUGCCGUCAUCAGGGGCGACACCGUCUACACUGUCAACAAGAUGCUGACGCUCCUCUACUCCGUGGAGGAGGAGACCUGGAGGUUUAAGAAGGAGCGGGCAGGUUUCCCACGCAGCGGCUCCCUGCAGACCUUCCUCCUGCGGCUGCCGAGGCGCGACCACAACGUCGCAAUGUAG